UUCCUCCUCCUCCUCCUCCUCCUCCUCCUCUUUCUUCCUCCCCACUGCAGCAAAAGAAAACUCCGGGCUGGCUGCAGCACCAUGUCCUCGGCUGACGGUGGGGAUCUAUCAGGGUACCAUCUCAGCGUGGUGCGGAAUCCGCCCGGCUGGGAGGUGGGCAUCUACCUGGUGGGCUUCUUGGUGCUGCUGGGCGUGGCCGGGCUCAACAUCUGGAAGCUGUGGAAAUCUGGAACCUUCCCCGCUCCGUCCCCCUUCCCCAACUUCGACUAUCGAUACCUGCAAGAAAAAUAUGGCACCUCCUUCUCAGAAGUCAGACAAAAGAGAGUGGCGGCCAACAACCACCGGCGGACCUCCACCGCCUCCAGCCGGAAGCCCAGCCUGGCGCUGGGCGACACCCCGGACGGCUUCCGGGACCUGGGCCACCUGGAGCUGAUGAGCCGGGAGCUGGACCCCAGCGGCAUGGCCCAGCUCAACCGCUCCGUCUCCACCGACUCGCUCAGCUCCAUCUCCUCCGUCGCCAACAACUUCGGCCACGACUUCACCGUGGGCCAGCUGGAGGUCACCCUGGAGUUCGAGCCGUCCAGGCAGCCGGGCCACGGCGUGGGGGUGCUGCACAUCACCCUGCACCAGGGCAAGGACCUGCUGGAGAAGGAGGAGGGGGAUUUCCCCGGCUGCUUCAUCAGGGUGUCGCUGGGGCCGGACGAGAUCAGCGUGGGGGUCACACGGGUCCAGACGAACGCCUUCACUGUGAUCUUCGACGAGCGCUUCUCCGUCCCCAUGGACGGCGCCACGCUGGACGAGUACAGCCUGCGGUUCGCCGCCUUCGGCAUCGACACCGACGAGAGGAACAUCAGCGCCGGCGUGGCCGAGCUGAAGCUGUCGGACCUGGACCUGACCAUCCGGCCGUUCAACGCCUGGCUCUACCUACAGGACGUCAACAAGGCUGUGGACGCCGUCGGGGAGAUCCUGCUGUCUCUCAGCUAUUUGCCCACAGCGGAGCGCCUCACUGUGGUCGUGGCCAAGUGCAAGAACCUGGUGUGGACCAACAGCAAAAACACUGCAGAUCCCUUCGUAAAAGUUUAUCUUCUGCAAGACGGCAGGAAGAUCAGCAAGAAGAAGACCUCCACCAAGCGGGACGACACCAACCCCAUCUUCAACGAAGCCAUGAUCUUCUCCGUGCCGUCCCUGGUCCUCCAGGAGCUCUCCCUGAGGGUGACGGUGGCCGAGGCCACGGACGACGGCCGCGGUGAGAACCUGGGUCACGUGAUCAUCGGGCCCGAGGCCAGCGGGAUGGGGAUCACCCACUGGAACCAGAUGCUGGCCACGCUGAGGAAGCCCGUGUCCAUGUGGCACCCGCUGCGCAGGAUCUGAGCCCCCCACCCCCGCCACCACCGCCAUCCUCGACCCGGCCAGUCUCCAAGCAAAACGCUCCACCCUCCACG